UGUUACCCCCAAAAGGUGGUGCCAUCACCGUGAACGCUCACUUCCUGAAACCGAUUUUUGGAGACGAUGACAGGAUUUUGUACUAUUUAAUUGCCUAUUUUCUACGUGCAUAAAGAGCCGAAGUCAUACAUGCCUGUUUUGGAACAGUAAACGAGGCCGAGUCAUGAGCGCCGACGAGUGGAACCCGGCCGCCACACCCACCGCCUGUGAGGAUACCCAGGGAGAUGGGCGAUGGAUGUCUAUGCACAAUCGCUUCCUGUCAGACAGCAAAGAUAAAGAACCAGAGGUCCUCUUCGUUGGUGACUUUCUGGUGCAACUCAUGCAUCAGUUUGGUGUGUGGCGGCAACUCUUCUCCCCACUGCACGCCCUUAAUUUUGGGGUGGGCAGCGACGCCACACAGCACGUGCUCUGGAGACUGACAAAUGGUGAACUGGACCACAUAAGCCCAAAGAUUGUCGUUCUUUGGGUGGGGACCCAAAACCGGGGACAUACUGCCAAGCAAAUUAGCGGGGGCAUCAUGGAAAUCGUCCAAGUGAUCAAGAACAAGCUGCCGCACGCUCACACACUCGUACUCGGACUCCUACCGAGAGGUAAAUCCCCAAACCCGCUGCGGGAGCGUAACACUGAGGUCAACCGGUUGGUGCGGGAAGCCGUCAGCUGCCUCCCUCACGCCUCCUUUCUGAACGUUGACCCGGGCUUCGUGCACUCCAACGGUAGCAUCUCUCACCAGGAUAUGUACGACUAUCUUCACCUGACCCCGCAGGCCUACCAGGCUGUGUGUGAGCCGCUACACGCUCACCUCAAGUCCAUGCUAGACAGGUCUGCUGAGAACUGACCAACACACACAACUCGCACCAGUGCUUAACACUCUGCUAGCUUAGCAAGAAUGAUCAAUAGAAAUCGGUUACGAUGUGUCCAUGGAUGAAGUGGUCACUGUUACAAAUAGUGGGACCAAAACACUUAGUUAAAUAAAUGUGACACACUAGAGAGAACGGCGAAUGUCCCGCUUCAGCUAAGCUCCCACUCCCAUUUUCUUCCUAUGAUUACCCUCCAUAUAUUAUGCUAUAUGUGACAUCGCCACUUUCCUUAAACCCUUUUUUGCAUCAGCUAUUGUACUUAAAAUCAACAGAUGAGAGCCCGUUUCACCACAAAUUUGUAUGUUGUAUAAGUCGUACAAUGGAAGGAAGGCCCUGCUUGGGUAUGGCCAUGAGUACCAUUCCGCUAAGAUGAGAAAAUGCAUUAAAGAAAAGCAACAGCGUGCUUUUA